UCGUUCAGAUUUGUUUUCUUUGACCAUCUUCAGUCGUGUUACUGAACAACUCGAGUCUCGACUGCAUUAUUUUGGCCGUCGGGUCUCCCAACUUCGUUGCACUAUGUCGGGAUGGGAAGGAGAUACUGGAGCUGGACAAUGUGCUAUGAGGGGUUCUUGUGGAAAGAAGGGUUGGUUUGGGCAGCAACUCCCGUGUCCAUAUGAUGGCCCUCCGGUCGAACCCGAGGACAGCAAAUCCAGGGAUUUGCUUGUUUCCGUUUGUGGUGCUCAAUUCGUAGAAGGCCCUACCUGCUGCACUUCUGGUCAGGUCGAAACCCUGCGUGACAGUCUAGCGCAAGCCGAGCUCAUCAUUUCGUCCUGCCCUGCAUGCCGAAACAACUUCCGUUCGUUCUUCUGCUCAUUCACUUGUUCACCAUACCAGGGUUCAUUCCUGAACAUCACGGAUACGCAGGAGACCAGUUCGGGGGAGACAGCUGUGAAGGCAGUUGAUUUCUUCGUCGGCGAACAAUUCGCUUCGGGCUUCUUUGAUAGCUGCAAGAAUGUGCAAGUCGGUGCCACCAACGGAUACGCUAUGGACCUCAUUGGGGGAGGUGCGAAGACAUAUUCUGCAUUCCUCAAGUUCCUAGGAGAUGAGAAGGACCUUGGAAGUCCAUUCCAGAUAAAUUAUCCCCCCUCUACACCCCUUGAUUUCACUGCGCUAGACCCCACGCCACGGAAUUGCGCUGACAACGACCUGGAAAGCCACUGCACUUGCAUUGACUGCCCGACAGUCUGUCCUGCACUUCCUUACGAGCCCCCGCAGAUUAAUGGCCCAACGUGCCAUUUCGGCACGCUUUCAUGCCUCUCACUCGUCCUCAUUGUCGCAUACUCCCUCUGUGCCGUCGCCUUUGUAUUUGGAUAUAUUCUUCAGGUCACUAUAAGGAAACGAAGAGAGAAAAGAUACGAGAGAAUGGCGCUCUCAGUGGACACCGCAUCCGCCCGUUCCCCCAUGUUACACACACGUGGUCUUGUUGGUGCUGUCUCACUUCCGCAAGGUGACGCAAAUGGCUCCAGCGGAGCUCACUCAACAGAAUCCAGACGGCUCGGUCGUGGUGCUUCCCUCCUCGACCCCAUUGAAGCAUCUCAGCCACGCCAAUAUCGCCUCAACACGAUCCUUCGUCGCGGUUUCUAUCGUUUAGGCCUUGCUACAGCGUCCUCGCCAUUCUUGACAUUUUCACUCGUGUUUACCGUUAUAGGCCUGCUCAACUUAGGCUGGCAAAAUUUCGACAUCGAGACUGACCCGGUUCGGUUAUGGGUCGCUCCUGAUUCAGAAAGCAAACUACAGAAAGAAUACUUCGACGAACACUUUGGUCCUUUCUACCGUCCACAGCAAAUAUUUGUCACUGCGCUCCCAGACCCCCUUUUCACCAUCAUCGAACCGGCUGCAUUUACAGAUAUUGGCGCAUCUUCCCAAGAUCCUGUGCUCAGUUACGAUCAUCUACGGUACUGGAUGGACGUAGAGAGUGACAUACGUGCUCUCCGAUCUUCCCCUAAUGGCUACCGCCUCACUGAUGUAUGUUUCAAGCCUGCCGGGCCACAAGGAGCAUGUGUCGUUCAGUCUGUUGGUGCAUGGUUUGGUAAUGAUCUCAGUGAUUACGACGAGGAGUCUUGGAAAGACCGAUUGGUUAAAUGUGCAAACUCUCCUGUGGAUUGCCUUCCAGAUUUCCAGCAGCCUCUUGGCCCACAAUAUGUCCUAGGCGGCGUGCCUGAGGAUAUGCCACAGCGCGAUUCAUACCUUUACGCGAAGGCCCUAGUUGUCACUUAUGUGGUGGCAAAUUCACUCGACGAGGCCGAGAUCGCGAAAGCUGUUGAAUGGGAGCAAACUCUGAGGGCAUAUCUCGUCAAUCUCAGUGAACAGAUUCCCUCUGAGGCGGGCAUGAAUAUUGCAUUCUCCACUGGCGUCUCUUUAGAGGAAGAAAUCAGCAGGAGUACCAACACUGACGUCAGGAUUGUCGUCCUGUCGUAUCUUGCAAUGUUUCUCUACAUAUCAUUGACUCUGGGCAGUGGGUCAGCAACAAGGGAGGAGGAAAGUGUAAUGGCAUCCCUCUCCCUGUGGGCUCGCAACCUUCCUAUGCUAUUCAAACGGUCAAGCAUAACUUCCUCUUCGGUCUCUGUCGACUCCCGCACCACGCCGCACAUUUUACCGAGACUCCCUCGCCAUCUCUUCGUCGGCUCGAAAUUCACGUUAGGCUUGCUUGGGAUCGGACUUGUCAUUUUGUCCGUAUCAUCUUCAGUCGGUUUCUUCUCGCUUGUUGGCGUCAAGACCACCCUCAUCAUCGCGGAAGUCAUUCCUUUCCUUGUCCUCGCUGUCGGUGUCGACAAUGUAUUUAUUCUCGUUCACGAGCUUGAUAGGCAAAAUCACUUCCACGGGCCUAACGCGUCGGCAAUUGCUCCAGGAGGAGGAUACCUGGCGCCUCGCUCCCCUACCCCUCACCGCUCACCUUUUGAAUCGUCACAUGAUGAAUCUCUUGAUACUGCCUCGGUACCCUUAUAUCUAUCUGCAGAGGAAAGGGUUGCGCGGACGUUGGCGAAGAUGGGUCCGUCAAUUCUGUUGAGUACUGUGACAGAAACAGUUGCUUUUGGCCUUGGUGCAUUGGUGCCCAUGCCAGCUGUACGCAACUUUGCCUUAUAUGCUGCUGGUAGCGUCUUCUUGAACGCGCUGCUCCAAGUCACCGUCUUUGUCAGUGCGCUUGCUAUUGAUCUGAAGCGCUUCGAGGCAAGCCGAGUCGACUGUUUCCCUUGCAUUAGAUGGCCUUCCCACAUCGCCUUGCUUGAUGCUCCCAUGAACACAACUGGACGGGUUGCCCGUUUCAUCCAACGCCACUAUGCUCCUUUCCUCCUCCGGCCAGUUGUCAAGGGUGCUGUACUCCUGACUUUCGCCGGAUUCUUUGUGCUCUCUGUAAUAUCGAUGCAGCACAUUCAGCUGGGACUUGACCAAAGGCUGGCUCUCCCCUCAGAUUCAUACCUCAACAGCUAUUUCGACCAUCUUGAUGUGUACUUGGAUGUCGGACCUCCAGUUUACUUCGUAUCUCACGACCUUGACGUGACCAAGCGGCCUGGCCAACAAGAGCUCUGCGGUCGCUUCACAACCUGUGACGAGUUUUCUGUCGCUAAUAUUCUUGAGGCUGAACGGAAGAGACCCGAGUCGUCAUUUAUCUCGCAGCCGACUGCGUCAUGGAUAGAUGACUUCCUCAAGUGGCUUGAUCCUGCUAUGGAGACGUGCUGCCGUGUGCGCAAGAGAAAUCCUUCCAUGUUCUGCGCGCCGAGAGAUUCAGACCGGCUGUGCCAACCCUGCUUGUACGGUAAGGAACCUGCCUGGAACAUCACCAUGGUCGGAUUGCCCGAGGGAGAAGAAUUCAUGCGGUAUCUGAAGCAGUGGCUCAUCUCUCCCACAGACGAGACAUGCCCCUUGGCAGGCAAGGCAUCGUUUGGUACCGCACUCUCGCUCAACGACGAAACUGGUGUUGUCGCAUCCCACUUCCGCACAUCACAUUCGCCUCUUCGAUCCCAAGAUGAUUUUAUCAAUUCCAUGGCGGCCGCGCGCUAUAUAGCAGCUAAAAUAUCAGAGUUUACUGGAUCACAGGUUUUCCCUUAUUCCCUGCAUUACGUUUUCUUCGAUCAGUAUGCACACAUCGUCGCCAUCACGCAGGAAAUACUCGGGCUUGGUCUGGCUGCCGUGCUAGUGGUCACAGCGCUACUGCUAGGUUCAUGGCGCACAGGGACAAUUGUAACGGGUGUGGUCGCGCUGACAGUAAUGACUGUCAUGGGCGUGAUGGCAGUGUGGGGCAUUAGCCUGAAUGCUAUCAGUCUGGUGAACCUGGUUAUUUCAAUCGGCAUUGCAGUGGAAUUUUGCGCUCAUGUUGCAAGGGCCUUCAUGAGUGCUGGUUCUGGUUUGCCAGCUGAUUAUCCUGCAGGACAGAAAGAGCGAGAUGAGAGGAUGUGGACUGCCCUUGUUGACGUCGGACCCUCAGUUCUGUCUGGUAUCACAUUUACCAAACUCAUCGGCAUGUCCGUCCUUGCGCUCACCCGAUCCAAGCUGUUGGAAAUAUACUACUUCCGCAUGUGGCUUACUCUCAUCAUCUCCGGGGCUUUACAUGGUUUGGUACUUUUACCCGUCGUACUUAGCCUUGCCGGAGGACCAGGGUUUUCUCAGCAAGAAGUUGAUGAAGAAUGGAUGUCAAAUGCCUCCAGGAACCAUUAUGAGGAUGGACCUGUCUUUGCUGAUGACGAUGACACGGACAAUGAUUAGAGUACGGAUCAAGACUUCAUUGUGAUAC